AUGGCGUCGAUUCGCUUUGAUGUGUGUGGAUCAUUUGAAAGUCCUAUUGUUAUAAGUGAUGAUGUUCUUGAUGAACGCAAUCGGUCUAUUGUCAAUGAGAGCUCUUUUGAUUCAUCCAAUUUAAAUGAAGAUGGAGGUAAAGUUGAUAAUAGUGUGAACACCGGUGGUGGUCCUCCUGUAUUUCGUUUAUACGGGCAAAAUUACCACUUAAUUGGUAGUUUACUACCAGUAGAUGGUUGUGAACCGAAGUUUGCCCAGUUAUAUGUGUAUGAUACGGACGAUGAGAUCAAUUACAGAAUAACGUCUGUGAGACAAAGGGAUGCUGUGAAUAAUCUUCAUUCAGAGAUUGUUAGUGAUUUGCAACAUAUGUUGGAUAAAGAAAAUGUGUUAGUAAAGUCUUUUCGUAUGGCCAAAGAAAAGACUGGGCUUGAAAAUCAACCCAAUGUAAGUUUGAGGUUGCUUGGUAAGAGAGGUAGGGAUGGAAGAACUCAUAAUCUACCUUCUGUUUCUGAGGUUGCUAUGCUUGUCGUUGGGGAUUUUGAUGAAGCUUUGGGUGACAGAGAUAUUGUUGUUGUAAAGAAGUCAGGGCAGUUGCAACGCAUUAGUGAACUGCAUCCUUCUUAUCUUCCACUUCAGUAUCCACUUUUGUUUCCUUAUGGGGAGGAUGGUUAUAAAGAAGAUAUUGGAUUUUCUAGAAAUUCUUCUUCUUCAUCAACCCAUAGGAAAAGUAUUAGUCCUAAAGAAUUUUUCGCGUUUCGCUUACAUGAAAGAAUUUCUGAGUAUUCUAUUCUUUUAUUUGGAAGGCGAUUGUUUCAACAGUUUGUCGUUGAUGCCUAUACGAUGAUUGAGACUGAUGGUUCAAGGCAUGGGAAACGAAUUACCUUGCCUUCCAGUUUUGUUGGUGGAGCUCGAUAUAUGGUUCAGAAUUAUCAAGAUGCUAUGGCGAUCUGUAGGUGGAUUGGUUAUCCAAAUUUGUUUAUUACCUUUACGUGCAAUCCAAAGUGGCCAGAGAUAUGUCGAUAUCUUGCAUCUAAGGGUUUGAAAUCAGAUGAUCGUCCAGAUAUUAUUUGUAGGAUAUUUAAAGUCAAGUUGGAUAAUUUGAUAAGAGAUCUUAAGAGUAAAAAAAUAUUUGGAGUUGUGAAGGCAGUUGUGUACACGGUUGAGUUUCAGAAACGUGGAUUGCCUCAUGCCCAUAUUUUGCUGUUUUUAAGCAAUGAGGACAAACAUCCUAAGCCUCAACGCAUUGAUGAGAUAAUUUCAGCUGAACUUCCUGACCAAGCAACUGAUCCUCACUAUCAUGAAUAUGUUAAAGAAUUCAUGAUGCAUGGGCCGUGUGGUGUUGUUCGAAAAUCAUCUCAUUGCAUGCUGAACGGACGUUGUUCCAAAUAUUUUCCCAAGAAAUAUCUCGCGGCCACAAACAUUGAUGAUGAUGGCUACCCUGCUUACAGACGUAGAGAUAAUGGUCGUGUUGUUAUGAAGGAUGGUGUGCCCUUAGAUAAUAGAUAUGUUGUUCCACACAAUCGUUUUCUUCUUAUGAAGUAUGACGGUCAUAUCAACGUUGAGUGGUGCAAUCAGUCGCGAUCUAUUAAGUAUUUGUUUAAGUAUAUAAAUAAGGGUUACGACCGUGUGACAACUUCUUUUUUCCAAUCUGGUGCGGGUGGUACUGAACGAUGUAUUGAUGAAGUAAGUUUGUACUACAAUUGUAGGUAUAUAUCGUCUUGUGAAGCUGCUUGGAGAAUAUUUGGAUUUGAAAUUCAAUAUAAGGAUCCUCCUGUUGAAAGAUUGAGUUUUCAUCUUCCAGAUCAACAACAUGUAGUGUUUGAUGAAGCUGAUGACUUGGAUACUGUUUUGAAUCGUAAGACAAUUCAUGAAAGUAAGUUCUUGGCUUGGAUGGAAGCAAAUAAGAUAUAUUCUCAAGGUAGGGAUCUCACUUAUGGUGAAUUUCCGACGAAGUUUGUAUGGAAGAAGAAUCGCUGGGAACCUAGGAAACAAAGAUAUUCGAUUGGAAGGUUGUUUUAUGUUGCCCCUGGUUCUGGUGAUAUGUAUUAUCUCAGAUGUUUGUUGAAUAUUGUUAAAGGAGCUUCUUCAUAUGAAGACAUCAGAUGUGUUAAUGGUGUUCAGUAUGAUACAUUUAGAGAUGCUUGCUUUGCUUUAGGAUUGUUGGAUGAUGAUAAGGAAUAUGUUGAUGGAAUUGUAGAGGCUUCUUUUUGGGCUUCAGCUCACUCUUUGAGAUUGCUCUUUGUGAGUUUGUUAACAUCUGAAUCUAUUUCACGGCCGGACUUUGUUUGGCAAAGAUGUAUGAUCUUGAGUGAGGAUGAAAUUCAGAAUGUUGCAUUGGCAGAGAUUGAGAAAUUGUUGCAAAAUCUUGGCAAAACUUUGCGUGAUUUUCAUGCAAGGGAAUAUUUGGAAUCUAUCUCUAAAUUCACUGGUGAACAACUUUCUGUGCAUGACACUAUAAUGUCGUCUGUGCAUUCUAAUUAUGGAGGAAUAUUUUUUGUUUAUGGGUAUGGAGGGAACAAACCGUUUGGUGGAAAAACUGUUGUUUUUGGUGGUGACUUUAGACAGAUCUUGCCAGUUGUUCCUAAAGGCAGUCGUCAAGAUGUUGUGAAUGCUACCAUUAACUCAUCUUAUCUUUGGAAGAGUUGCACAGUUUUAAGGCUAACAAAAAAUAUGAGGCUUUUGAAUACAGAAAAUGUUCAUGAAGCCUCUAAGUUGAAGGAAUUUUCCUCUUGGGUUGCUUCUAUUGGAGAUGGUGUUAUUGGUGGUCCAAAUGAUGGUGAAGUGGCUAUUCAACUUCCCAUUGACAUUGUUUUGCCAAAUUCUGGUGAUCCUCUUAGAACCAUUGUUUCAAAUGUCUAUCCUUCUUACAUGAAUCCUGAAGAAUUGAUUAGUUGUUUGCAUGGUCGUACUAUACUUGCUCCUACUUUAGAGGUAGUUGACGAGGUUAACCAAUUCAUGAUAUAUUUGGAUCAGUCUCAAGGUCGAGUUUACUUUAGUUCUGAUAGUAUUUCAAACUCUGACUCAACAUCAAAUGGUCUUGCUGAGAUACAUUCUGUUGAGUUUUUGAAUAAAUUGAAGUGUUCUGGUACACCUAACCAUGAAUUGUUGUUGAAAGUUGGUACUCCUGUGAUGUUGUUGAGGAACAUAGACCUGUCAAACGGGUUGUGUAAUGGCACAAGAUUGAUAAUUACACGAUUAGGUGAUUAUGUGUUAGAGGGACAGGUAUUGGGUGGCCAUAAUAUUGGUCAUAAAGUGUUGAUUCCUCGAAUGUCAUUAAUACCAUCUGAUCCGAGAUUGCCUUUCAAGUUUCAAAGAAGACAAUUUCCUUUGGCUGUGUCGUAUGCAAUGACCAUUAACAAGAGUCAGGGUCAAUCACUCUCUCAUGUUGGAUUAUUUUUGAGAAAACAUGUUUUUAAUCAUGGACAGCUGUAUGUUGCUAUAUCAAGAGUCACAAGUCGUGAAGGUUUGAAGAUUUUGGUGUGUAAAGAUGAAGUAGAUGAAGGCAAUGGUGAUACCACUGUUAACAUUGUUUAUAAAGAAGUUUUUCAAAAUUUAUGA